CUUACCUCCGUCAUGUCAUGUAAGUCUCUCGUGAGAGAAGUAUAAACAAAAACGAAACAGAACAGCGGAAAUACUCUAUUAGAUUAGAUUAAAGAAAAGCUGGAAAUAUUUUAGAAAAACUUAAUAACAGAUAAAGAAAAGGAGAGACGAGUGAUCAAAAAUCAAACCAAAGAGAGAAGGAAUGGGUCAAGCCUUUCGCAAGCUUUUCGAUACCUUCUUUGGCAACACCGAGAUGCGGGUUGUGAUGCUGGGACUUGAUGCAGCUGGUAAAACUACCAUACUUUACAAGUUGCACAUUGGAGAAGUAUUAUCUACUGUACCUACCAUUGGGUUCAAUGUGGAGAAAGUUCAGUACAAGAAUGUGGUAUUCACCGUUUGGGAUGUUGGUGGACAAGAGAAAUUAAGGCCGCUGUGGAGGCAUUACUUCAAUAACACUGAUGGACUGAUAUAUGUUGUUGAUUCAUUGGACCGAGAGAGAAUCGGAAAAGCAAAGGCAGAAUUUCAGACCAUCAUCAAAGAUCCAUUUAUGCUCAACAGUGUCAUCUUGGUGUUUGCCAACAAACAGGACAUGAAAGGAGCAAUGACCCCAAUGGAAGUAUGCGAAGGACUAGGUCUUUUUGAACUCAAGAACAGAAAAUGGCACAUACAAGGGACUUGUGCUCUCAGAGGAGAUGGACUUUAUGAGGGCUUGGACUGGUUAUCUGGAACUUUAAAAGAGAUGAGAGCUGCAGGAUACUCUUCAGUGGGCACUUCAUCAUUCUAACAUACCAAGGUUUGUUGGAGCGUCGAGUUCAUCUUGAUAAAGCUGAAGAGUUGGCCGUUGCUUCUGUGGAAGUCCGGAGUUAAUCAUUUGGAGGUUGUCUAAAUCACGUAUGUUUACUACCUUGCCUACCUUUGGCCUUUGACUUUCUCCAGUGUAUAUUGAAAUACAGUGCCUGACAUUGAUGAAAGUGAAUUGACAUUGGGGAUCAUUAUGUAAUUUGGGGUGUCCCUCUUGUAAAGUCGAUUACUUUGAUUCGGUC